AUGCAUUCUGAAGAUGAAAAUAAGUAUACUGCAGAUGGAAAUAGUCAUGAGAUCGCUGCAUCCAGCCAGGAUGAUGAAGACAAACACAAGGCAAAGAAGAAGCAGAAGAAAGGGGAAAAACCUAAGAUGGUCAGCCCAUUUACACUGUUUCGAUACUCCAGCCGGUCAGAUAAAUUAUUAAUGAUACUAGGCACUCUGCUGGCAGUAGCCCAUGGGAGCAGUCUUCCUAUUGCGAUGAUAAUUUUUGGUGAUAUGACUGAUAGUUUUGUUGCUUCUGGAGACAGAAAUUUUACAGAAAACAUACCACUGAAUUUCACUCCAGACAUUCUUAACAAGCUGGAAGAAGAUAUGACAAGAUAUGCAUACUACUAUUCUGGAAUAGCAGCUGGUGUUCUUCUUGCUGCUUACAUUCAAACUUCAUUCUGGACCUUAGCAGCAGGUCGGCAAAUAAAAAAAAUUAGGGAACAUUUUUUUCAUGCAAUUAUGAGACAGGAAAUUGGAUGGUUUGAUGUGAAUGACGUGGGAGAACUUAAUACUCGUCUUUUAGAUGAUGUCUCCAAGAUUAAUGAAGGAAUAGGUGACAAGGUUGGAUUGCUUGUUCAAUCGCUGACAACAUUUGUGGCAGGAUUUAUCGUCGGUCUCAUAAGAGGAUGGAAAUUAACCCUUGUAAUACUAGCAGUUAGUCCUGUCCUGGGACUUUCAGCAGCCCUCUGGGCAAAGGUUCUCUCUGCUUUCACUGACAAAGAACAAGCUGCAUAUGCAAAAGCAGGUGCUGUUGCAGAAGAAGUUCUGGGAGCAAUCCGCACUGUAAUAGCUUUUGGAGGACAGGAAAAAGAAAUUAAAAGAUAUCAUAAAAAUUUAGAAGAUGCUAAACGGAUUGGAAUAAGAAAGGCUAUUACAGCUAAUAUUUCUAUGGGUGCUGCUUUCUUACUGAUAUAUGCAUCAUAUGCACUGGCAUUCUGGUAUGGAACUACCUUGAUCUUAAAUGAUGAUUACACUAUUGGCAAAGUUCUUACGGUCUUUUUCUCUGUAUUGAUUGGAGCUUUCAGUAUUGGACAGACUGCUCCAAGCAUAGAGGCAUUUGCUAGUGCAAGAGGAGCUGCCUAUACCAUCUUUAAUAUAAUAGACAAUGAACCUCAAAUUGACAGCUAUUCAGAGGCUGGUUACAAACCAGACCACAUAAAAGGGAACUUGGAAUUCAAAAAUGUUUACUUCAAUUACCCAUCCAGACCAGAUGUUGAGAUACUGAAGGGCUUGAAUCUCAAGAUUAAUUCUGGCCAGACAGUGGCCCUGGUUGGUGGCAGUGGCUGUGGGAAAAGUACAACUGUUCAGCUCAUCCAGAGAUUUUAUGAUCCCAAAGAAGGCACGGUUACCAUUGAUGGGCAGGAUAUUAAGACCUUAAACGUGAGGUAUCUGCGGGAAGUCAUUGGUGUGGUGAAUCAGGAGCCCGUGCUCUUUGCCACUUCUAUUGCAGAAAAUAUUCGUUAUGGCCGUGAGGACGUCACCAUGGAGGAGAUUGAAAAAGCCACUAAGGAGGCAAAUGCUUAUGACUUCAUCAUGAAGCUACCCAAUAAGUUUGAAACUGUGGUUGGAGAAAGAGGGGCACAGCUCAGUGGAGGCCAGAAGCAAAGAAUAGCAAUUGCCCGAGCUCUGGUUCGCAAUCCUAAAAUUCUUCUGCUUGAUGAGGCAACAUCAGCUUUGGAUACUGAGAGUGAAUCAGUUGUGCAGGCAGCACUGGACAAGGCAAGGGAAGGACGCACCACGGUCGUGGUAGCUCAUCGGCUGUCAACGGUGCGGAACGCAGAUCUGAUAGCUGUGUUCGAAGGUGGAGUCAUCACAGAGCAAGGGAACCAUGCCAAAUUGCUUGAGAGAAAGGGAAUCUACUACAAACUCGUUAACAUGCAGGCAAUAGAAGCUGAAGUUCCAUCAUCAGAAAAUUAUGAGUAUGUACUUCCAUCAUCAGAAAAUUAUGAAAAUGUAAGUAGUGUCAAAAACCGUGAAUCUGAACCAGAAUUUGAAGAAUCCUUAACCAUAGGAUUGAGAAGACGAUCAACACGGAGAAGCAUGAAAAAGCCAGGAGAACAAAAUGACAGAACUGAUGAGGAAAAAACUUCACCUGAUGAAGAACUGCCUCCGGCUUCAUUUCUGAAAAUUAUGAAGUUGAACAAAACUGAAUGGCCAUACUUUGUAGCUGGACUCUUGUGUGCAAUUAUUAAUGGAGCUUUACAACCUGCAUUUGCAAUCAUAUUUUCUGAAAUUAUAGGGAUUUUUUCAGAGUCUGACAAGGUCAUCUUAAGAAAACAGAGCAACUUGUAUUCACUGCUGUUUUUAGUACUUGGGAUCAUUUCCUUUUUUACUUUCUUUUUGCAGGGUUACACAUUUGGCAAAGCUGGAGAAAUUCUUACAAUGAGGCUUCGAUUCAUGGCAUUUAAAGCAAUGCUUAGACAGGAUAUGGGCUGGUUUGAUAAUCCUAAAAAUACAACUGGAGCGUUAACUACAAGACUUGCUAAUGAUGCCUCUCAAGUGAAAGGAGCAACUGGUGUCAGACUAGCAUUAAUUGCCCAAAACAUAGCCAACCUGGGGACUGGAAUUAUUAUAUCAUUAAUUUAUGGCUGGCAGCUGACCCUGCUACUUUUAGCUGUUGUGCCCAUCAUUGCAGUGGCAGGAAUGAUUGAAAUGAAGAUGUUGGCUGGGCAUGCUAAGAAAGAUAAACAAGAGCUGGAAACUGCAGGAAAGAUUGCCACACAAGCAAUAGAAAAUAUUAGAACUGUGGUUAGCUUGACCCGAGAAAGAAAAUUCGAGUCGAUGUAUGGAGAACAUUUGAUUGUACCAUACAGAAACUCUGUGAAGAAGGCACAUGUAUUUGGCUUUUGUUUUGCCCUUUCACAAGCAAUGAUGUUCUUUACCUAUGCUGGCUGUUUCCGGUUUGGUGCCUACCUAGUGGUAAAUGGACACAUGGAGUAUAAAAAUGUAUUUUUAGUGUUUUCAGCUGUUGUAUUUGGUGCAAUGGCACUAGGACAAACCAGUUCUUUUGCUCCAGACUAUGCCAAAGCCAAGAUAUCAGCAGCUCACUUGUUUCUGCUGUUUGAAAGAGUGCCCUCAAUAGACAGUUACAGUGAGGAAGGAGACAAGCCUGAAACAUUUGAGGGAAAUAUAACAAUCAAAGAUGUGGUAUUUAACUAUCCGAACCGACCAGAGGUCAAAAUCCUCCAAGGUUUGAAUCUAAAAGUAGAAAAGGGACAAACUCUGGCUCUUGUUGGCAGCAGUGGCUGUGGAAAGAGCACCGUUGUUCAGCUGCUGGAGAGAUUUUAUGACCCACUUGAUGGAGAAAUGCUUUUUGAUGGCAAAAAUGCAAAGGCACUGAAUAUCCAGUGGUUGAGAGCUCAUAUUGGUAUUGUCUCACAAGAACCAAUCCUGUUUGACUUCACUAUUGCUGAAAACAUCGCCUAUGGAGAUAACAGUCGGCAGGUGUCCUUUGAGGAAAUUGUUAGUGCAGCCAAAGAAGCCAAUAUUCAUUCCUUCAUUGACUCACUGCCAGAUAAAUACAAUACCCGUGUAGGAGACAAGGGAACCCAGCUUUCUGGAGGCCAGAAACAACGUAUUGCUAUUGCCCGAGCUCUUGUACGCAAACCCCAAAUUCUGCUUCUGGAUGAAGCUACUUCUGCCUUAGACACAGAAAGUGAAAAGAUUGUCCAGGAAGCGCUGGAUAAAGCUCGAGAAGGUCGCACGUGCAUCGUGAUAGCUCAUCGCCUCUCCACCAUCCAAAAUGCUGACAAGAUCGCUGUGGUCCAGAAUGGCAGGGUCGUAGAGCAGGGCACCCAUCAGCAGCUCCUGGCUGAAAAAGGCAUCUACUAUUCCCUGGUCAAUGUUCAAAGUGGGUAA